GAUGUGAACAGUAUAGUGCCUGAGGAGGUCGGUCUCAUUUCACUGCAACACCUGGCUUAUUGCAUCCCAAUAGGCUACAGCUACGCUUGCUUCCCUCAAAUGACGAUGGCGGAUGACACGGAGGAUGUGGAGCUGGACUUUGCUGCUGACGAGCAGGAGAGGGCGCGGAGAAGCGCAGUCAUAAGACACCCCCUCGCCUCCUUUUUCCACCUUUUCUUCCGGGUGGUUGCUAUUAUUACCUAUUUGCUCUGUGACUGGAUCAGCGAGAACUUUGCAUCAUGUUUUGUCCUGAUCAUCACUCUGCUCUCUUUUGACUUCUGGUCUGUCAAGAAUGUGACUGGCAGGCUGUUGGUGGGGCUGCGUUGGUGGAAUCAGGUUGACGAGGAUGGAAAGAGCCUCUGGGUGUUUGAGGCCAAAAAAACCUGCCGAGGCAACAACAUUGGGACAGAGGCAGAGGCAAGGAUAUUUUGGCUGGGUCUCAUCAUCUGUCCUCUCAUUUGGACAUUCUUCUUCUUCACCUCCCUCUUCUCCCUGAAGAUUAAAUGGCUGGUGAGACAUGUUACUUGUGUGCAUGCUCUGCAUAUAGAGUCACUUGUGGUAGCUAGUAUUUCCCUCCAAGUGGCUAAUCUCUAUGGGUACCUACGCUGCAAGGCAGUGGGAGACGAUGGCCAGCCUCCAGACACCCGCUCUUUCACUGGACAGCACCUCCUGCAGCGUCCAGACAUCAUCUUUGGAAUACUAUGAAGAUGACCUCCUGUACCUGUACAGCCACACCGCUGUGUGUGUGUGUGUGUGUGUGUGUGUGUGUGUGUGUGUGUGUGUGUGUGUGUGUGUGUGUGUGUGUGUGUGUGUGUGUGUGUGUGUGCGUGCGUGCGUGCGUGCGUGCGUGUGUGUGAGCGAGAGAGAAGGAGGGAGAUAGAUGAGCGCUGCAUCUUCUCCAAAGUUCCGACAAACUGCAUCUACUUGAAUGGCUGUGUGCCUUCCUUGUGCAUGCCUCAUGCUGCUGACUGUUCACUUCCCAUGUUGCCCAUGGAUUGAUCUGGCUAUUAUGUCAAUAAAAGAUAAGUGCAUUUUA